AUGACCACGACACCACCCCUCGCGACGGGUGCCAACCCUCCGAUUCCCGCCGAACAGCUCGCCGCACUUACAUCGCUGCUGUCGGGUCUCACCGCUGCCGCUUCCGGCACUGCCACACCCGCCACGACGUCCGGCACCACUCGCACCGCCUUUCCAAAGCACGCACGCUUGGAUGGUGCGAAGACCUUCGCCUGUGCCUAG